AUGUCCGCCCUGUUUGCGCGCAUCUUUGGCAACAUGAUCAAUGAGUAUAUGAUCAAGCGCCUUGGCGAGUCAGCACUCUUCAAGCGCAUGGCCAUCUUCACCCAUCGUAACAUCAGCCAGGUCCAGCAGAAGACCCUCGACACUCAGCGCGACAUCCAGCGCCAGAUUCGUGAGAGCGGCGGUGUGUCCAACUACUCCAACAAGGUGGCCGCUGACGCCAAGGGAGGCUGGAGGGAGUUUGUCCGUGUCUUCAAGGAGGAGGCCAACAGGAAGGACUAG